CAUCUAAAUGACAUUGCACAAAUAAUUGAUCAAUCAACCUUUAGUCUACACUGUCUAUGUAACAAAGCAUCGAUAUUGCAGUAGAAAGCAUGUUUUUUUACGAAUAUGUCAUAUUAUUUGUGUUGUGCCUGUUUGUCUUCAGUAAACUGACAUGUGGAAGAUGCUAUAGCAAAACAUGCUUAGUAGGAAAAACUGCUAUUAUUACUGGCGGAAACUCAGGUGUCGGCUAUGAAACAGCUCUAGCCCUUGCGUCACGUGGUUGCAGAGUGAUAAUCGCUGAUAAAGACGAUUCUUCAGUAUCAAGGCAGAAAAUAAUCGAUGAAACCACGAACAAAAACGUCACAUCAACAAUAUUAGAUCUAGGAUCUCUAGUCUCAGUAAGGAAAUUCGCUGAGAAUGUGGUACGAACAGAACCAAGGCUGGAUAUAUUGAUAAUGAAUGCAGGAAUAGGUUCUAAUAAAUUGAUCCAUACGAAUGAUGGCAUACAGAUUACAAUGCAAGUUAACUAUUUGGGACAUUUUCUUCUUACAUUUCUACUGUUAGAUCUCAUGAAAAAAUCUUCGCCCAGCCGCAUAAUAUUCACUUCUUCAACUGGAGCGUACUUCACCAAAUUUUCUCUCGAAGACCUCAAUCCAACAAAAGAUUAUCCAAGGCAACAUCGCAUAUACUUGAAUUCAAAACUGUGCUUGAUACUGUUUGCUCGUUAUCUAUCUACGAAGCUGAAAGGAACUAAUGUGACUGUCAAUUGUGUUCAUCCUGGAGGAGUACGAUCCGCCAUCUAUUUGCGAGCAUUUAGAGUUGAAAAAUCUAUUUUUCCAUUGAUUUUAGGAUUUGUUACACUGAUUCUUGGAAAGAAUGCCGAAGAAGGAGCUCAAACAACAUUACACGUGGCUUGUGAAAAAUCCCUUGAAGAUGUGUCCGGAAAAUUUUUCAUCGACUGCGUUUCAGUAUUUUCACCAUAUCAAGCAUACGAUAUGCAGCUUUGUACUGAAAUGGUGGAACUUUCAAAGACGUUGGUGAAAUUGCAGCCUGAAGAAUGUAUAUUGAGUGAGAAAGUCCUAAAUUAGGAUCAAUGAAGAACGAGAAUCAUUGGUUGUGUAUUUAUUUGUUUUAUAUUGACAAAAAAUUGUAAUAAUAAAGUUUGUUAAAUUUU